CAAGGUGAUUUGAAAAGGAAAGAUCAUUUCUCCCGUGAGUCCCAACGAGGCAGCAAGAGAAAAAGGCACUGAAAGGAAAUAUUAAAACUGCACAGCCCAACUGGAAACAGACUCUCCUGGGCCGCGUAUGUUUGCGGACGAGAUGACUGUCUGGCUUAUCGCUCUGAUGAGUAUCGAAGGACUACUUUUGACAGUUCCUGUUCUGAGUUUGCACAUUGAACCUGAAGAAGGCAGUCUUGCAGGGGGAACGUGGAUCACCGUCACUUUUGAUGGUGUGGAGUGGGAUCUUCUUUGUCUAGGCAAUGGCUCUCAGCUGGAGCUGACCCUGGUGAAUGUGGCGGCGCCAGCACUGCCGGCCAUCCCCUGUGACGUCGCUCCCGUGCUCUUGGAUUUGCCUGUGGUGUGGUGUCAGACCAGAUCUCAGUUGCCUGAAGCCCCUGAGGGAUUGUACUCCCUGGAUGUGUAUUCUGGUGGUCAGCUGCUAGGCAGCCUGAGCCAAGGGCCAUGUGACAGCUGCACUUUCAAGUUUUCCAAGGCACAGACACCCGUUAUUUAUCAAGUUAACCCAUCAAGUGGAGUUCCAGGAAAUAUGAUCCAUGUGCAUGGCUGGAUUAUCACUGGAAGAGUGGAAACCUUUGAUUUUGAUGCUGAAUACAUUGAUAGCCCGUUGACCUUGGAAGCUCAAAGAGACCAGUGGUUCACUCCUUGCUCUCUGGUAAACAGGCAGACAGCAAGUUGUUAUUCUGUGCAGGAGGACCAUGGCCUUGGGACCCUCCAGUGCCGCGUGGAAGGCAGCUAUAUCGGUUCCCAGAAUGUUAGCUUCUCCAUAUUUAAUAAAGGAAAGUACAUGGUUUUAGAAGUGACCUCUUAUGAAAUAUCAUACUAUUAUCAAUGUAAAAUUCUCUCUGUGUUUCCAGAAACUGGGAGCCUCGGGGGGAGAACAGACAUCACAAUCACUGGCGACUUCUUUGACAACCCUGCCCAGGUGACCCUUGCAGGCAUUCCAUGUGAUAUUAGACACGUGUCUCCCAGGAAGAUAGAGUGUACCACAAGGUCCCCAGGAAAAGGUGCAAGGCUCAUGGCUCCUCAGGCAGGCAACCGGGGGCUUCUCUUUGAAGUUGGAGAUGCUGCUGAGGGUGUGAACCUGACUGAAGCUACCUCUGGGUACAGGUGGCAGAUUGUCCCGAAUGCUAGCUCUCCAUCUGGAUUUUGGUCCAAGGCAGGGCAACCUUUCAGAGCACGGCUCAGUGGGUUCUUUGUGGCCCCGGAGACAAAUAACUACACUUUCUGGAUCCAGGCAGACAGUCCUGCUGCCCUGUCCUUCAGUCUUUCAGAGGAUCCAAGGACCAAGGUGGAAAUGGCCUCCCUCAAGGUGGGCACUGAUGACUGGUUUGACUCCUGGGAGGAGAAUGGGAAGGAAGGGACCUCACAUCGGAAGACUCCCAAGUUGGAGCUAUUAGGUGGAGCCAAGUACUACCUGGAAGCAGAGCAUCAUGGGAUAGCCCCCAGUAGGGGCCUGAAGAUUGGCGUCCAGAUCCACAACACCUGGCUGAAUCCCGACGUGGUCAGCACUUACCUCCGGGAGAAGCACCAGAUCCGAGCCCGUGUAGAGAGGCAACCUGAAAUGCAGAUGCUGAACGUGUCUGGUGCAGAGAACUUUAUCCUUACUUGGGACAGUGUCUCUAGCCAGCCAAUCCCUGCAAAUGCCACAGCCCACCAGAUUCAAACAGCCCUAGAGGAGUUACUUGCAGUAAAAUGCAAACUGGAACCACGUUCAGCUGACAUCCUUCUUCGGCUUGGAUUUGAACAAGGCCCACAAGGUUCCAGUUAUGAGGGGGGCCUCCUCAGUGCAUCAGAGUCCUUCUGUGGAAGGUUCAGCCUCUGUCAGCCUCGACAUCUUGCCCUGACACCCCCGGCUGGCCAGAAGGGCUAUCGGUUAGAUCACUACACACAUCUCUGCUUUGCAUACAAAGGCUCCGGGAAGAACACCCUGAAGAUGACCUUGACCUUCACAGUAGACUUCCAAAACCUCAUAAAGAACAUCACCUGUGACUGGAGUCCCACGGAGCCUAGACCUGACAGCUGGCUCUUCACCUGCACUGACCUCUGGGAGACUUGUGUGCAUGCCUCUGGGGCUCUGAAGUCUCCCCCAGCAAAUGGCCCCAUGCUGGUUCAUCGGAUAGACCUCCUCCCGCUGGCUCAGGAGAUGGGCCCCUUCUGCAUGGAUGAAAUCAUCCUCACGGACACAAACCUUACAGUUUCUCAGGCCGAUUCUGCAACAGCUAGACCAGGUGGGAAUCUGGUGGAAUCCGUCUCGGUCGUUGGAUCCUCUCCUGUCUACAAUGCAACAUUCUGGCUGGCAGGGUGCGGCAUGGAGCUCCCGCUCAUCACUGCACGCCCUUUGCAGGCUGAAGAAACGGAAGAAGGCUCGGGAUUUGUCCAGGCGACAACGUGGAAACUGCAGAGGACUAGCCCACCAUUAGGAGGACACUUCCGGAUUCAGCUUUCUGACACGGUGAUAGCUGGUGUCCCUGUGCACAUUUCUGCUGGGCACCUUCGCAAGCUCCUGCAAGACAGUAUUGAUAGCUUCACAUCCACGUACCUCAGUGCCAGCGACUUGAUGGUGAAGGAAGAUGUGCACUCGUGCUAUGAACAUGUGUGGACCAUCUCCUGGUCCACCCAAAUUGGGGAUUUACCCGUUUCCAUCAGGGUCUCCGAUGAAAAUCUGACUGGCAUGAGCCCCGCUGUAACAACUCGUGUACUGUAUGAUGGUGGAGUUUUCCUUGGACCUGUGUUUGGAGACAUGUUGGUUACUGCCAAUCAGCAUACUCAGGUGGCUGUGAGAGUAAAUGACAUACCGGCUCAUUGCUCAGGGUCCUGUUCUUUUCAGUACCUCCAAAGCUCAACUCCCCAGAUCCACUCGACAUGGUAUUCUGUUGGCGAUGACAUCAACCUCCUGGUUUAUAUUACUGGAACUGGCUUCUCUGAUGACUCCCAGGCCUUUCAGGUUAUGGUGAACAAAACAAGUUGCCAAGUAAUUUUCUGCAACCUAACGUGUGUGGUCUGUCAGAUGGGCAUGCUGCCGGUCGGAGUGCAUCAGCUCUCGGUGUUGGUGAGGCCCUCUGGUCUUGCCAUCACCACCAGUGGAGAAGGCCCCUUUUUACAUGUGGGGCCCAGGCUGGAUGCUGUGGAGCCUUCCAGAGCUGCAGAGAUUGGAGGACUCUGGGCCACUAUCCGAGGUUCUGGUUUGGAAGGGGCUAGCUUGGUGCUUUUCGGGUCCCAGUCUUGUGCCGUGAACAUCAACACAAGCAAUUCACAAAGAAUCCAAUGUAAAGUUCCGCCCAGGGGGAAUGAAUCCGUUGUGGACGUGACUGUGACCAGAGGAGACCAAUGGGCCGUUCUUCCAGCAGCAUUUGCAUAUGACUCCUCUUUAAAUCCACUCAUCUUGUCUCUGAGCAGGAACAGCAGCAGCUUAGCAGGAGGUGAGAUCCUUUUCAUCGGAACGACGUGGCUGGAGAACUCCAAUGAGUUGGAUGUGGAAGUCCAUGUCUGGGAUGCCUGGGCUCAGCUCCACGCACAGAUACCUCACGGCCUGGAGGUGGUGCUGCCCCCACUGCCAGCUGGCCUCCAUGGGAUUUCGGUUUCCAUCAAUGGCAUCAGCAUUCGCUCGCAAGGGAUCGAUCUCCACAUCCGCUAUCUCACAGAAGUUUUCAGCAUAGAACCCUGCUGUGGAUCCCUUCUGGGCGGAACCAUCCUGAGCAUUUCAGGAGCAGGCUUCCUUCAGGACCCCACCUCGGUGCGGGUCCUAGUGGGCAAUCGCUCCUGUGAUAUCGUGAACUCAACAGAGACCACCAUCUACUGUGAGACCCCACCGGCCCCUCUACGGUCCGCUGCGGAUGCCCUCGCUGUCGCCGCCCCCGUGCACGUCCGGAUGGGCCAGCUGUCCUUCCCCCAGAGACCGUCCCCAGGUUCGACAGAGAAGAACUUCACCUUCCUGUACGAAGCAGCCGCCACCCCCGUGGUCACCGCCCUGCGAGCAGACCUCACGGGCAGCGGCCUGCAGCUCUGUGUGGAAGGGAGCCACGUCGCCCAUUCGGCGAUCCUUCUGGGGGGCUUGCACUGUGAGCUCCAGGCCCGAUCUUGCAACGGGAGCCUGGCCGGAUGCUCCCUUCCCUUCCGCGCCGUGGAGGCAGGCGUCUAUCCUCUAAAGGUCCGCCAGCGGCCCAUGGGCUUUGCUGACAUGUCUGCGGUGGCCCAGCGACUGGUGGUGACACCUCGGAUAACUGCCAUCUCCCCAGCACAGGGUUCCAUUUGUGGAGGGACGGUGAUCGUGGUGAGGGGCCUGGUGCUCCGCUCCAGGAGGAAGGUGGUGCGGGUGGGUCUCUCCGGCCUGUUAACGUGUACCAUUUUGGGUUGGAGUGACCAAACCAUCCGCUGCCGGGUUCCCCGGGUGGACGACCCCUUGCUUGGAGCUUCCAUCUCCCUGAACGUCACCGUUCUGGUCAAUGGGCUGCUGAGCACUUGCCAGGGGCACUGUACCUUCUUCAUGUGGGAAGAGACCACUCCCACCGUGAGUGCCUUCACCAUGACCACCGGCGGGCCCCUCACCACGGUGCUGAUUCAGGGGCAGAGGUUCGGUUCCACCUCCGACCAAUUGAUGGUGUUUGUGGAUGACCACAUACCUUGUGGAGUCAGUUUCUGGAACACAAGCCAGGUGGCGUGCCGGGUGAGUGACCUGCCUCCCGGCCCGCACUUCCUGUCAGUGGUUCACAAGACAAAUGGGUAUGCUUGCUGGAGGAACGUUUCCAGACGCUUCGACAUUGUUCCUCAAGUGUCUCGUUACUUCCCCAAGACUUUCGGCGUACGUGGUGGAGGCCUCUUGACCUUGGAGGGAACGGCCCUGCGAGGGCAGAAGGCCACAUCUGUCCACGUGGGCCAGCAGGCCUGCCUCUCCGUGAACAUCAGCGCCAGCGCCAUCCAGUGCAUUGUCCCCGCAGGCAAUGGCUCCGUUGUCUUGGAGAUAGAAGCAGAUGGGCGCUGGUACCGCCUGGGCAUCAUUGGUUACAGCCAGGCCGUCACCCCGGAAUUGCUCUCUGUGUCUCAGAUGGAUGAUGUCUUAACCUUGGUGGUGGCGCAGAUCACAGGAGCAGCGCACAUGGACGUUUUCAUCGGGCUGUCACCCUGCGUGGGUGUCUCCGGGAACCACACGGUUCUCCGUUGCAGGGUGCCCUCGCUUCCUGCAGGGGAGUACCGAGUCAGCGGCUACGACCACCAGAGAGGGUGGGCUUCCUCUGCUCUCCUGCUCACCACCAGAGCGACUGUGACUGCCGUGACUGAGAACUUUGGUUGCCUGGGAGGAAGGCUUAUGCAUGUGUUUGGAGCUGGAUUUUCUCCAGGGAAUAUCUCAGCUGUGGUGUGUGGUGCUCCGUGCCCAGUCCUGGAGAAUGCUACUGUGUCUGCCUUCAGCUGCUUGGUUCCACCACUGGACGUGUCCUUGGCGUUCCUGUGUGGCUUGGAGCCUCAGGGGAGCUGUGAAUCUUCCAUUCACACCUACGUGCACUGUGAGUUGACUGUCACUGUGGGGACAGUGAGACUGCCCAGACCAUGGCCGUACAUCUACAUUUGUGAAGAGUAUUCUCAAUGCCUCUUUGAGCCAGAUCGUUGGACGGAGCCAUCCUUUCUACUAUUCUCAGGCCUCUUCAUCAGCCCUAAAGUGGAAAGAGAUGAAGUUCUCAUCUAUAAUAGCUCCUGUAACAUUACCAUGGAAACUGAGGCAGAGAUGGAGUGUGAGACGCCUAAUCAGCCAAUUACCGCCAAGAUUACUGAGAUAUGGAAAAGCCAGGGCCAGAACACUCAGGGCAACUUGGCCUUGCAGUUUUGCCAGAGAUGGUCCUGGGCUCACAGCUGGUUUCCUGAAGGAGUGCCACAAGAUGGCGACAACGUCACGGUGGAGAGUGGUCGGUGGCUUCUGCUUGACACCAACACCAGCCUCCUCAACAGACUGCACAUUAAAGGAGGCAAGCUGCUUCUCAUGGCUCCGGGACCCAUUGAGCUCAAGGCCCACUCCAUCCUGGUGUCUGAAGGCGGAGAGCUCCGGAUCGGAUCUGAGGACAAGCCUUUCCAAGGGAAAGCCCAGAUCACACUCUACGGGAGUUCCUACUCGUCCCCCUUCUUUCCCUACGGAGUCACGUUUCUGGCGGUGCGGAACGGAAGCCUUUUCCUGCAUGGUCCAGUACCAGAAGUACUUGUCACCCGUCUUCGAGCAGCUGCCCGUGCCGGUGACACCGUGUUGGCUCUGGAAGAUGCUGUGGACUGGCACCCUGGAGAUGAAGUUGUCGUCAUCGGUGGAAUAGGUAUCGAAGGUGCCAAACCAAUGGAAGAGACUGUCAUUGUGGAAGCUGUGCACAAUGCUGACCUUUAUCUCCGGUCACCCUUGAGAUAUUCUCAUGCCUUCAAAGAGAGCUGGGCGGCUGGGAAGCACCUCGUUUUCAAGGCCACAGUGGCCUUACUCAGCAGGAGUAUUACCAUCCGAGGAAAUCUUACCGUGGCAAGGAGGAGGCACCUUGCUUCCUGCCAGGAGGACACUGCUUCAGCAGGUCAUCCACAGGGCUGUUUGUAUUCCAAGAGCGAGAAGAGGCUGGGAUCCAUGGACCUGGGGGCCAGAGUCAUCAUCCAGUCUUUUCCAGAAGAGCCCAGCCAAGUCCGGCUGAGGGGUGUCCAAUUCCGGGAUUUGGGGCAAGCCUUCCAGAAGCAUCUGAGCUCGCUGGCUUUGGUGGGAGCUAUGAGAGAUUCCUACAUACAGGGCUGCUCAGUUUGGAACUCCUUCAGUAGAGGACUCAGCAUGUCUAGGACAACGGGUGUGACAGUGGACAGUAACGUGUUCUACAAUAUUUUAGGCCACGCACUGCUGGUGGGUACAUACCUGGAGAUGAGCAGCCUCUCUUGGGAAACAAGUCUGAGAAGAAAAAUUGACCCAUCAGAACAGGGAAAUAUAAUAAGAAACAAUGUGGUCAUCAGAGUUUCUGGUGCUGAGGGGCUCUCCAGUCCUGAACUGCUGGCUCCAUCUGGCAUCUACAUCCGCAAUCCCACCAAUAUUGUGCAGGGGAACCGAGUGUGUGCUGCUGGCUUUGGCUACUUCUUCCAUCUUGUGCCCACUCAAACAUCCCAAUCUCCACUUCUUUCCUUUACUGAGAACAUUGCCCAUUCUUGUACAAGGUAUGGUCUCUUUGUAUACCCUGAAUUUCAGCCUCCCUGGGAAAAUGACACUGGACUCACCUUAUUUCAAAACUUGACAGUUUGGGAAAGCGCAGGUGGUGCCCAGAUUUUUAGAAGUAGAAAUCUUCACUUAAACAACUUCCAAGUCUAUGCAUGCAGAGAUUUUGGAAUUGACAUCUUGGAAAGCGAUGCAAACACUUCAGUUACUGACAGCUUAUUCCUUGGUCGUUUUGCCCACAAGGAGAAUGUGUGCAUGGCUGCAGGGAUUAAAACUCCCAAAAGAUGGGAGCUGAUGAUAUCAAACACAACCUUUGUUAACUUUGAUCUCAGCAACUGCACAGCCAUCCGGACAUGUUCAGGAUGUUCCAAGGGACAGGGUGGAUUUACUGUGAAGGCCAAACAACUAAGGUUUCCCAACUCCACAAAUGUGGUAGCGUUCCCAUUUCCUCAUGCAGCAAUUUUGGAAGACGUGGAUGGGUCUCUGUCUGGGAAAAGGAGAAGUCACAUCCUUGCUUCAAUGGACACUCUGCCAGCAUUUUGUUUGGUCAAUGCAAGCUUCGGUCAGCUGGUCCAGGGUAGUGUCUGCGGGGAAGACAUCCUCUUUCAUCGUAUGUCUAUUGGCUUAGCUAACGCUCCGGAUAGCUCUUAUGAUUUAACUAUGACUGACAGCAGAAAUAAGACGACCACAGUCAACUAUGUACGUGACACCUUGUCAAGCUCCCAUGGCUGGAUGGCUCUGCUCCUGGAUCAAGAGACCUACACACUGCGAUUCGAAACUCCACUGAUCAGCAGAUCUCUGCAGUUCUACGCAACCUUUGACAACUUCGCUCCUGGGAAUCACCUCUUGCUGGUGCACACAGACCUCCCGCCUUACCCGGACAUCCUCAUAAGCUGCGGGGGUCAAGAAGGCCGGUCCCUUUCUUCCCUUCCAUCCCCUGCUCAUAACCACAGCUGUGACUGGUUCUUCAAUAGGCAAUUGAGGCAACUCACCUAUCUGGUUUCAGGUAGAGGCCAAGUACAAGUGACCCUGCAGGUGAAGGAAGGUGUGCCCCCAACUCUUUCAGCUUCUACCUCUGCACCAGAGCCUGCUUUAAAAUGGUCCCUCCUUGAAACCUGGCAAGGUGUCCCAGAGGGCUGGGGAGGACAUAAUCAUACCCUCCCGGGCCCAGGAGAUGAUGUCUUGAUUUUACCCAACACGACUGUCCUUGUGGAUACAGAUCUUCCACUUCUCAAAGGCCUCUAUGUACUGGGGACUUUAGAAUUCCCUGUGGACAGAAGCAACGUGUUGAGUAUAGCCUGCAUGGUCAUUGCAGGCGGUGAGCUGAAAGUUGGUACUUUGGACAAUCCGUUGAAUAGUGAACAAAAGCUUCUGAUCCUCCUUCGGGCUUCCGAGGGGGUCCUUUGUGAUCGAUUACAGGACAUUGAUAUUGACUCUGGAACUAUUGGAGUUUAUGGAAAUUUUCAUCUUCAUAGCGCUUAUCCUAAGAAAUCCUGGACACAUCUUGGAGCUGAUAUUGCUUCAGGAAAUGAGAGGAUUAUAGUAGAGGACGCAGUGGAUUGGCGACCCAGCGACAAGAUCGUGCUUAGCUCCUCCUCUUAUGAACCUCAUGAAGCAGAAGUCCUCACUGUGAAAGAAGUCACGGGCCACCAAGUUAGGAUUCAAGAACAUCUCAAACACCGGCACCUGGGAAGUGCCCAUGUUACAGAAGAUGGCCGGUACAUUCCACUGGCUGCUGCGGUUGGAUUGUUGUCCCGAAAUAUACAGCUUCAGUCUGAUCUAGCAUGCAAGGGGAGAGUACUUGUGGGGUCCUUUAAGAAGCCCGGCAGAGGAGAAUUUUCAGGUGUCCUUCAGCUUUUAAAUGUGGAAAUACAGAACUUUGGAACACCAGAGUAUUCAUCCAUUGAAUUCACCAACGUGCCCGUCGGCUCCUGGAUCACAUCUUCGACAGUGCACCAGAGCUGCAGCGGAGGCAUCCGUGCCAGUGCCAGUCAAGGCAUUAUUUUGAAUGACAACGUAGUAUUUGGCACAGCUGGCCAUGGCAUUGAUUUGGAGGGCCAAGCCUAUUGUCUUACAAAUAACCUUGUGGUUCUCACAACCCAGUCAACGAAGGACACGGUUUGGGUGGCAGGAAUCAAAGCGAACCGGGCAAAGGAUGUCGACCUCCAUGGCAACGUGGUGGCUGGUUCUGAGAGGCUUGGCUUUCACAUCCGAGGCCACAGCUGUUCCCUUCCGGAAGGGCCUUGGUCGGACAAUGUGGUCCAUUCAUGUCUCCACGGCCUUCACGUCUAUAAGGAAACUGGAAUGGACAACUGUACGGGAAUCUCAGGCUUCCUGGCUUUCAAGAACUUUGAUUACGGUGCCAUGUUGCACGUGGAGCAUAGUGUGGAGCUAGAGAACAUCACUCUGGUUGACAAUGUCAUUGGUCUUCUGGCAGUAGUGCAUACAUCCUCUGCUCCCCAAAGCAGCAUCACCAGUGCUCAGAUUGUGCUUCGGAAUUCAGUCAUCGUGGCCACGAGCUCCUCUUUUGAUUGCAUCCAAGACCGAGUUGAGCCUUGCUCAGCCAACUUAACAGCGUCGGACCGUGCUCCUUCCAAUCCCAGAGGAGGUAGAGUUGGAAUUCUGUGGCCUGGAUUCACCUCAGAGCCAAACCGGUGGCCUCAGCAACCAUGGCACCGAGUGAGGAAUAGUUGUUCAGUCCCAGGAAUCAUGAAACUUCAAGGUGUCACCUUUUCUAGUUUUGUGAAGAGCUGCUAUAGCGAUGACAUAGAUGUUUGCAUCCUGGCAAAUGGAGAGAACACUGGGAUCAUGCAGCCAAUAACAGCAGAGAGGACCAGGAUGCUAAUGGUCAAAGACAGAAACAAGUUCUACUUUUCUCCUUUACAACGCAGGAAAGACCUAGGAACAGUGAUCUGCCCUGAAGCAGACUGUGAAAGUCCAAGAAAAUAUCUCUUUAAGGAUCUAGAUGGGAGCACCCUGGGUCUGCCUCCACCUGUUUCUGUAUUUCCUCACACAGACGGAGAAUGGACUGGAUCCUUCUUCAACACAGGUACCUUUAGAGAUGAACAGAAGUGCACCUACCAAUCUCUGAUGCAAGGCUACAUCUGCAAACAGACUGACCAAGUGAUCCUAAUUCUUGACAGUCCAAAUGCCUCUUGGAUGAUCAGAAGAUUAUAUCCAGUUGUAUCUGUGACUGGUGGUUUUGUGGAUACCUUCAGUAGUGUGAGCGCUCAUACUGUCUGUUCUCCUUCAGGAUCUGUAUCUAUGUUUUAUACCAUUUUACCAACGAGGCAAAUCACCAAGGUCUGCUUUGUGGGACAGACACCUCAGGUUUUACGUCUUUUUCUUUCAGGGACCGAAAGUACCUCCAAGGUUCUACUGGCCAUAUUCUAUCAUGAGCCCCAGAGACCACAGGUUUUUGUCAGGGAACAUUUCAUUCCACCUACUCUGGAUCAGUCAGAUUCUCCACUGCUGGAUGAAUCGGUUGGGGCCAACCAUUUCAACAUCAUGAAUAAUCUCUUGUAUGUUGUUCUACAAGGAAGCGAGCCUAUUGAAAUACGCGCAGGCAUUUCCAUUCACUUGGCUUUUGCUGUGAUGUCUUCAGUCCUGGAAAAAGGCUGGGAAGCAGUCAUCCUUCAAAGACUUACUGAUUUCUUACAGGUUAAACAAGACCAAAUCAGAAUUAUCCUUGAGAUGCCUGGCAAUGAAGGGACCAUAAGAGCCAUUGCUGACAAUCGAGCAAAAAGAAGACUCAAUUGCCCAACUGUAGCUUGUGGCGCUCCUUAUAGAAGUGCUGGUCGACGUAGACCUCUCAUGAUGCCAAUGACCUCAGGGAGUGUCCCACCACCCGCUACUGUGGAGACUAUCUCAAAAGUGAUGGUCUUUGAAAUUGGUGAUUUUCCGACAAUAGAGAAUAUUGGACUGAUUACAUCCCUAACAAGUAACAGAUUAAAUAAUUUGGCUCACCAGGUGAUUAAGGCGCACCAGACUGGAGUGUUAGAAAAUGUUCUGAAUGUGACUAGUGGUGCUUUACUGGUGAUUCAGUCAAAGGGAAUCCGUGACAACGGAAAUACAAGCAUGGACAAAACUGAGAAUUCAAUAUAUAUUCGGCCCCAUGUGCUUUUCGUCUCAGUCCAGCCUUCGGAUGGGGAAGUGGGAAAAGAGCUCCCUAUACAGCCACAGCUUGUUUUUCUGGAUGAGCAGAAUCGGAGAGUGGAUCCCUUGGGAGCCCCUUCAGAGCCUUGGGCCAUUGCAGCUUUCUUGGAAGGGACAUCAGAUUCAGCACUAAAAGGACAUACCCAGGCAGAAACUCAAGAUGGUUAUGUGAGCUUCUCCAAUUUGACUGUUUUGAUCUCUGGGUCAAACUGGCACUUUAUUUUUAUGGUUACAUUCCCACCAGGAGUCAACUUUACAGCUCGAUCCAGGGCCUUUGCUGUCUUGCCUGUGACUCAGUCUGAGAGGUCGGCUGUCCUCCUGGCUGCUGCCCUGUGCUCAGCGGUCUCGUGGCUGGCUCUAUGCUGUCUGGUGUGCUGCUGGUUUAGGAAAAGCAAAAGCAGAAAAACAAAAGCUGAAGAGACUUCUGAGUCCCAGACAAAUGAUCCGAGGAAUCACAUCCCUGUCUUAACCAAACGCCAAGGAUCCCAAGUAGAGCAUAAGAAGGAAGCUUCCUUGAAAGAAGAAGAAGAUAUGAAGAUGAAGUUCAUGCUGGGCAAGCUGAGCCAGCUUCCCCACCAAUCCAUGAAUGGAGUGUCCAGAAGGAAAGUUACCCACCGUGCUGCCAGGGAGGAAGACAGCAGCCGAGAAGAGGCCAGUGUGUCUGCUCCCCGUAUUGCUAAUAUCACAUCCCCUGGGCACACCUGCCCCCCAGGUUCUCCCACUCAGCAGGUGUACCUACAAGUGACAGGGAAAUGGAAGGAAACUCAAGAGCAGUUGCUCAGAUACCAGCUGGCAGGGCAAGAUCAGAGGCUGAUGCUCUGGCCAGACCUGAAACAAGAGAGACAGCAGUUGCAGGGUCAGAGUUGACUGAGCAAGGACAGUGGCAGCUUGUGAUUUUCCCAAGAGAAGAAAGCCACCUGUGGUGCCACGGAGACCUACUGCCUUCAUUCAGGACGGGAGCAGCUGUAAUAAGGAAGUGAUGUUGGCAAUGGGGAUUCAAGGCAGAAUGUUUAAAAUAUUGCUGCAUAUAACAUUAUUCUGCCUUGUUUAAAACACAUUUUCCCUUGGUUUCUGGAUGAAAACAUUUCCCUUACAAUCAACAAACUAAGGGAGCAUAUACACUCUAGAAUAUUUUUUCAAUUUAAAACAUGGAAGAUGAUCAUAGAGUGCUGAAAGAUUAACAAUGCCUCAUGUAGUUUUUGUAGUGUUAAUCCUACUGUAAUGCCACACACAAAAUAGGCUCUCAAACAGGUUCACUUCAUUUUUUGUUUGUUUUUACUUAUUGACUUUCUGUGUCACACCAUCUUACAAAUAGCGCUACACUGAUUUAUACCAGUAGUAAUGAUCAUUUCGCUUCUUUGGGAUGGCCACGUGCAUUAUUGGGUGGCAUAAAUGGCUCGUGAGCGGGGCUCCUAAAUGAAAGGAAGUGGCACCAAUCUAUCUAGAGGCACUUCAGAAGAAAGGAAGCAUGUAUGGAUUGUGAUAAGAGUUGUAUGAGCCCCCAACAAAAUGACUGAAAAAAGAAGAGGAAGAAAUACCUGGCAAUAUACUUUCAAAUUUUAGCUAUGGAAAACUUUAUAGAGUCCCAAUCUGUUCUGCCACACAGGAUUUCUAUGAGUUUGAAUGCAUCCCAUGCCACAGUUUGGUUUUUGUCCCUGGGUGGUACAAACUGUUAAAGUACUCAGCCACUAAUUAAAAGUUAGGAACUUCAAGGAUACUCGGAGUUAUAGUAGCGAAAACUUCUAGCAAUCCACUUCCCUUAAUAAAAUGUAUCCUUUGAACAACUUGUGAAUCAACCCCGACACGAGUUUGCCGGGAGUCAGAAUAAGAUGCUUUGUUCCUGGUUUGUAUCUAUACAAUGAAUGCUUUCAGCUUAAAAAAUAUUAUUUAUUGACUUUUUAUUUUGCAACGUAUGAACGUUUAGUGAGCAGAUCACCAGUUUUACAUUCAACAAGUCAUAAACAUUUUGCUUCAUCUCAUCCAUUGUGAUCCCCGCUUUCUCUCCACGUUUUCUGCUUCCUUUCUCCCUUCUUUCCUAACUCUUCUGAACUUUGACCCUGGGCAAAUGUUGCCUUUCUGAUGUGAGACGUUUGAUUAGUCUAAGGUUUGGGUAACUCACUAGUGUGAUUGUUCCUCCUACAGACCUGAUUAUUGUUUGUUGGAAAGAUGAGCCACCAGAGUGAAUUCAAUUCCAGGCUUGAUGAAAAGCCAUAACCUUAGGGUUCCACCAGUCUCAAGCUGAGUAGUAAACCUGAUUUUUGAGUUUUAUUCCACAUUUUCCCUAUCUCAAACCUUUCCGAUUAUUUUAUAGCAAGACCAUGCAAAGGUUUUGACUGCUAUAAUUAUAUCUGCAAUAUUACAGUCAAGCAUUUGUUUAUCUUAUAGGAACAUUUGAAGGUCAGGAUACAUCUCUGAUCUGUGAUCAAUCAGAGCAUACUUUGCAUCCACAGGGCAACUUCCUGGUUGCUUACAAGCUGAUUUUACUUCAUGGUUUAAAUUCAGUCAUUACUUGGAGCUCACAGUAGUGCAAGCAUAUCAAGCUUGCACCUCAUGAGUAUUCAGACAUGAAAAUUGAUAUUCUUGUGGGCUGUGCUGAGAAUUUGGUUUGAAAAAGAUAUAUAAACAGAAAACGUGGGUAAAUUGUCCAUGGAUAAAAGUGGUUUUUUUCCAUUGA